CAAGGAAGUGCCGCUGCUGUGCUCGUCCUUCAUUGCGUUCCUAGAUACGUUACGAAAGUGUUGUACUUGUAGUUUUAUGAGAAAUGUAUGUUGACUUUUCCUGUUUUAUGGAGUGACAACAGCAAACAGGAGAAGUUAUCGGAACAACUGUGACUACCGGCAGGUUUUGUCGUUUCGUUCAGUGCGUGGCUGUAAAGUUUUAAUACAAGCAAACUCUGACUGACAGGCGCUGCUUGCUUGCCUUAUUUAUUCAGUAAGAACUGCACAUUGGAUUUUAAUAUAAUCCAUUUCAGUUCAGUACUGCCGAGAUAUUGGCCUUUCGCGACACUAGAGGCAAGCACAGAUGGCAGCUCCAAACUCUGCUGAAAGAAAGGCCUGUUGGGACGCCAGGGACAUCCUCUGGAAAUGUUUAGAUGACAACAACGACAAAGUUGAAUCCUGCCAGAACUUCCAGAGUCAGUUUGAAGCCAACUGCCCUGCUCAGUGGGUGAAAUACUUCACCAAAAGGAGACACUUCCUGAAAUACAAGGAGAAGAUUCAGACAGAAGGUUUCUCACCUGCUGAAGGUCCUCGAGAGAACUCGUAACCACAGCCCAGCAUGAAAGCUGUAGACUGACUGACAUUUGACCAUAUUCACACCUUUGACUGAGGUGAAAGACUGGGAGAGCUGUUAUGAGUUUUAUUAUGAAUGGAAUACCCCCCCUUUGCCUUUACUGUUGUUUAUUUUAUUUGGCAUCCAAGUGCUGCUUUAGGGAAUCCAAACAGCAGUACAAGGGAUCUAUUUAAAAAAUUAUUUAAGCUCAGCAAUACUUAAAAAUGAUCUAAGCUCUUCUGUCUAACUCAGCUGGUCUUACAUGUUUUCAAAUCCUGUGGAUUUCACCUGUAGGCAACAUGAGGUUCUGCACUUUCACCCAGACACACACUGGAUCUGUGUACAGUAUCGCUGUGAUUGUUUCUAAUGAAGGCAUUGCCAGCUUUGUCACCAAAACACCCAUCUCUGUGUUCUACCCUUAUCUGCAAUUUGUGUUUUUGCAUUCAGAACAGUCUCGAGUCUUGAUCAUGACUCGCGUAUAUUGAAAAAUCUGAAACUGGAGUAUCUUGCGUUUGCAAAUAAAUCAAAUCAACUGA